CGCGCGGGGAAACGGGCAGAGGCAGCGCAGCAUCUCGGUGUCAGGAAGAAUGAAGAGAGAGCCGCACCAGCGAACUGUCAGCAACCAGCGAAACAGACCCUACACAAGGUGGUGACAAAUCAGCAUAUAGGAGAGAGAUUGAAAACCUGUUUUGAGUGGUGCCACAACAACAACCUCACACUCAAUGUCAGCAAAACCAGAGAGCUGAUUACCAACUACAGAAAGAAGCUGGAGGUCCAGAAGUCAGCCCUAAUUAGGAGAUCGGAAGUGGAGAGGCUUUUGACAUGAAGAAAGAUUUGGAGGCAUUAAUUGCAGAAGAACGGGCUGAAAUAAUUUCUAAUUACAACAAGGGCAGGCAAGAUGGAGCAUCAAUUGAUUCAGAAGACUUCAAUAUAUAUAAAGCUGUAGACAGAUUUGGCUUUCUGCAUGAAUAUGAACUACCCACGCCAACUGCAGUGGAGGAGAAGCAAAAACAUGUGGAAAUUGAGAGAAUACCCAAAUGGGUAAAAAUGGUUAAGAAGUGGGACAAAUACAGAAACAGUGACAAGAUGAUCCGUCGAGUUUACAAAGGAAUCCCACUGCAGCUCCGUGGUCAGAUUUGGUCACUAUUGUUAGAUUUGGAAAAGUUAAAAUCUGAAAAUGAAGGGAAAUAUGAGAAAAUGAAAAUACAAGCACAGAAGUUUUCAUCAGAAAUUAAACAAAUAGAUCUUGAUGUAAAUCGCACUUUUAGAAACCAUAUCAUGUUUCGGGAUCGAUAUGGUGUGAAACAGCAAGCUUUAUUUCAUGUACUCAUCGCCUAUUCUGUGUACAAUACGGAGGUGAGCUACUGUCAAGGAAUGAGCCAGCUUGCAGCCAUUCUGCUAAUGUAUUUGAAUGAAGAAGAUGCAUUUUGGGCUCUUUCUCAACUACUGACUGAUCAGAAGCAUGCAAUGCAUGGUUUUUUCAUUCCUGGAUUUCCAAAGCUCCAAAGGUUUCAAGGACACCAUGAUCAGAUUUUAAGUAAACUUAUGCCAAAGCUCAAAAAACAUUUGGACAAAGAACAGAUGUCUACAGGAAUAUACACCACCAAAUGGUUUCUGCAGUGCUUUAUAGAAAGAACACCAUUUACACUCACACUCCGAUUAUGGGAUAUCUACAUUCUGGAAGGAGAGAAAGUCCUUUCUGCAAUGGCAUAUACCAUCAUGAAACUGCACAAAAAGCACCUUGUGAAGAUGUCAUUGGAAGAUCUCCGAGAAUUUCUUCAAGAAAUUAUGUCUAAAAACUUUCAUUAUGAAGAUGAUUUUGUUAUUGAUCAACUGGAAAAGUCAAUAAAUGAGCUUAGAAAACUGAAGCUUGAACUUCCUCCGCCAGCAAAACCUGAUGAGUUUCCCUGCAAACCAUUAGGACAGGAAGUUUCAGUCACUUUAGCACCAGAGAAGACUAACAUCAUGGCCAAUGGAAAGAAUGAAAAUAUUAAUGCUCCACCCAGUGUCUUUGAGCGUGAUGAUGAGGUAAAUGAAAAAUCACCAGAUGAAAAUUAUCUGCAGCCUCCUCUCUCUGAGACGAAAAUUCCUUCUCCAGAAGAAUGUCAAACUGCUGUGGAGAAAAGCCUUACUCCUUUGGAAAUAUGUAAAUCUCAAGCUCCGGUUCAUGACAGUUCCGAAUCUCCCUCAGAAGACCAAACUCGAUUACCAACAGAAAGUAAAGUACAGCUUUCAGAAACGAGUCAACCAUCCAGUAUAGAGGUUACAGAACAAUCACCAAAGAAGGAAAAUAUGUUACCUGUUGAAAGUAUUGAGACUUGUACUGCAGAAGAUAAUGCAGUCACAGGUUCAGAAGUUAACUUUAUAGUUCCAGAAAAAGAAACCACCAACUCUCCAGAAGAAACUACAAUAAAUUGUCAAGAUAUGAGCAAAGCAGAACAUACAGGAACUAAUGAAGUAGUUGUAACUGAACUUUUGCAAGAACAAUCUGCAUGCUCUUUAGAACUCAUAAACACGGCUACUGAGUCCCCACAAAGAUUGGAGGUAUUUGCUUCAGAGUCAGUGAAUGAGGCGUCACUAGAUAAAGAAUAUAGCAGUACUGAGUUGUCUCUGCAGAGAAAUAAUGAACAUAAGGAAACAGAAAACAGUGAGAAUACUCCCUUACUUUUAGGAGAGUCUUCAUCAGUAAUGCCGUUGUCUCAAGAAACACAUUUAUUGGUUCAAUAUCCACAACAAACUCUUUCUGAUAUGGAUGUCCCUCAUCAGCUGGAAGUACAUAACCUUAUUGAAGAACCACAGUCUAUAUCGACAAUGAAACUUUCAUCUCCAGAAGAAGAGGAAUUAUUCUUUAGUGAUUUAACGCAUGAAACUUCAGUUGAUUUGAGCAGCAGAACAAUAGAAGAUAUGAGUGAGUUCCAAAGUGGAAAAAGAGUUUCAAAUGUUUCUUUGUAUGACAAUUCCAGUGUUUCUCAAUAUGAAUAUCAGUAUGAUCAGAUUAUUUCAGAACCAGUUAUUCAUUAUGAAGAAGUAUGUGCACUUCCUCAGAAAGAACUGGUGGGAUCAGAAUCAAUGGACUUGACUGCAGCAGCAGCUAAUUCAUCAUUGACAUCAGAUUUGAUAAAUAAACCACAACCUGUUGAACAAUCCUCGACGUUUUACCAAUGGCCUUGCAACAGUUAUGAUCCUGAAAGCUGUGUCAUCUCUUCUGCUCACCAGAGUCCUUCCAAAUAUUCACCACCAGUGCACAAGCAGGAUCCUAUAAGAAAUCAAAAUGUACAGAGUCCGGAGCAACUGACAGCUAACACUCAGACCUCACCUAUCAGGCAGUGUUUAAGUAGCUCUUGUAAAGUAGUAAGGUCAAUGACUUCAGUUCACGUGGCUCAUGCAGCUGAGCAGAAUCUUAUAAACUUCAGGUACAUGGCACUGCCUCCACAGGAUGACUUGCAGUUGAUUGCAACAUGUGAUGAAAAAGGGACUUGCACAAUAAAAGAGAUUGACUACCCUGAAGUUAUUAUUCCAGUUAGCAACAUAAACUUGGAUGAAACUGUAAGUCUGUUAAAAAUACCAGCUUAUUCUUCCCAUACUGAUACAACUGUACAGCAAGAAAAUGCCACAGACGAAACUUCAAGUGUAGGCUCAGAGAAAUGUUUAGCAGUAUCUACAGAAUACCAAGAUCAUGACGCUGUUACAUUAUGACAACAGUCAUUCAAUUUUACUAUUAUGCACUUCACAUUGAUCAAAUGUUCAAAUGUUUAAUGUAUUGCAAGCAUUUAUAUGACAAAGGCAGCCAUACAUUUUCCACUCAUUUAAAUAAUUGUUUAACUAUGCUUUAAGGAGACCUGUAUGGUGAUUAAUUGAUACAAAAAAACUAUGCAAAUUGUCUCAUUUCAUAAAUAUACAUAUCUAACAAAGAUAUUGUAAGGUUCUUUAUUCUGCAAAUCACAUAGAAAAGAUGGAUACAGAUAAAUACACUUAAACAUUUCAUUAAAUGUUUAUUGUAUUGUGGUCUAUAUAAUUGUAAGUCAAACCACAUUUUGUUUAUCCCAGUGCAUAAUCACCAUCAAAUGCAUGAAAUGAGUGAGCAGGCUCACAAAAUAGCAAAUACUGUAGCACACUUUCACACAAGGAAGUUUGACAUUGUUUUCCCAGGUGGACUGAUAUUUUACCAUCAUAUUAAUAGCAGCCAAUGCUAAUUGGAUUUUUCAUGCAAUUUUUCUGCCUUAUUUGAUUUUAAUAUGUAUAAUACAGGAAUUGCAAUGAAACAGUAAUUCAAAAGUAAAAAUGAUAACAUUGCACACAAAUUAAUUUUUUUAAGUCUUUGGAGUAUUCCUUGUACAAUAUGUACUUAAAAGAGUACAUAAUUUGCAUAUGUUACAACAAUGUGUAAAUAAGUGCUGGAAAUUUCUGACAUAAUUUUUAGUCUCCUGUAACUACAGUUUUUAUUGAUGUAGAAAAUAAUAUAAAUAUCUGUGUUGUGAUGUUCAAGGGCCAGAAAAGUAGUUGUCGAUGUUUACUAUAACUUUUAGAAAGAAACUUUGGCAAAACAGUGUUGAAACUAAGCCUGUAAUCACUUUUUUUGUGAGGGGAAGAUAUUUGAAGCCAUUCCCUGGCACUUGCCUUGCCUGUAGCAAUGAUCAAUAUAACUUUUUGGUCAGAAUUGAGAAGCUAUUAUUAUAUGACAUCAACUCAGGAAUACAGUAUUCUUGCUUGGUGACCACCUGCAAGUAGUAAGUAUUUGCAGCAACCAAAAGAGGACAAAAAUGGUGCUCAGCACAAAAAUUGUUAGUUGUGUAAUAUGUGUUCUAAUGGAAGAAAUAAUAACCCUGAGAACUGAAUGGGAAUAUUUAACUGAUGUGUGAUGUACAUAGUUUUUUUUGUAUAUAGUCUGUUCUUAAUUUUGCACUUUCUGUAUCUGUUAUGGACAGGCACGCCACUUUUUCUUUAAAAAGUUUUACAGUUUCAAUGAUGGAUUGAUAACAUGAACAUAAUAUUGCUCUACUUGUUAAAUAUUGUAAAUUUAUUUCUGCAGGGCUUUUACAUUAGCCAUGUUUUCUGUUCUUUCAGUAGAAAACAGGCAAAUUACUUUGAAUAGUGUGGAAACAUUGUUUUGUGUCAUGAUUUACAUUGUUUCUAGCACCAACAAUAUUGUAAACAAAGCUUUAUGACCAUUUUUAUGUGUUGCAUUGUAAUUUGUAGCCUAAAUUUAAUGUGGUGAAAAUAUCAUUUCAUAAAAAUAUACUCCUGUCUUGUGUAAAUUUUAGUUAAAAUCAAACUAUGCACAUAGACAAAAGGGUAUGGUUUUAACUACCUGUCUGACAGAAACCAGGAUAGUGGCUAGUUAAAAAAUUACCAAUCAAAUCCGAACUAUUUCCACUUUCAAAUUGCAUGUCAUUGCAGGCAAAUGAGUAAUCCACUUAAAUCUUGAGCAAUUAGACACCAAAUAAUUUUAAGUAGCAUUGGAACGGAAUAACUAACUAACCUCCUUUUCCACAAAGCAGGAGCAGAUCUGAAGACAGAAAGGCCAUGUGUGGUAGGUUUUAAACUUUUCUUUGUAGGCUGAGUUGAAGCACGUUAUUUGUUGGCACCAGGAAGUUCGAUCGUCUAUUAUGUGAUGGGCAUUAUCAAGUAUGUUUUGCACUGGGAGUGCACUUCCUGAUAUGGGCUCAUAAGAACAAAGAUUACAGGGUACACAUAGUGGCCUUAUACUGUGUAGCAUAAUGACAUUAAUGUCAUUGGCCUGCACAUAGUCUUUGCAAAUCUGGCCUGCCUAUAACAUAGGCAUCAAGACUAUUAAAAUAUAUCUCCGUAUUAUUAAGAGGACUAACUUUAACUGAACUAUUGCAGGGAAUCUACAGAAUCCAUCUUCUUCCUAUCAGGAGCUUCCUUUAAAUUUUAUUAGCUGCUUAUAACCCUCAACCAAUUCUCCUUGGAUGCUGCAUUACCCCCUCUUUACUUUCUUUAGUCAUCUCCUCAGACUUUACCUCCAAAUUAUCUCCUCACCCUAUCCCUAGGUACCUUCUCUCAACCUUCCACAGAUCUUUGCCUAUUUUACCUCUUCCCUGCAAUCUCUUCCCAUCUUUUCAUUCAACUGCAGAAGAUUAUAGAGGAAAAAUGAUGGAAGCACACCUUUGGUAUCAUACAUAAUGGCACACCUAAGCUAGGAACUUCAUACAAAGCUGUCACAGGCACCUUUGUACUACACCACUUCAAACUGUGUAUUUUAGAUAUGUUCCAGCCUGACAGGCAGUUUACACCUUUGAUAUUUCCAGUUAUUCUGAAAAAUUAGUGGAGAAAGGCUACCAAACUUUGUCUCCACUAAUUUGUUAUUCUUUACAGUAUUGUUUAAACUGGUGAAAAAGAAAUUUCCCUCAAGUCAUGACUCUAUUUAAUCCUUCAUCUAUUUCAUUUUUAUGACAAAAAUGGUUUUAAAAUAAUUGUCAAGUAAAUUUAAUCUACUUCUCAAAAUAAAUCAUUUUAUCAACCUGUGAUUUAGAGAAAUGAAUUCACUAGAAUUUAAUAGAAAACAAUAACUGAGAAUCAAGAAUACAUUUGAAAGCUACAAGAGGACAUGUAGGUAAAAAGCAGAGAAUGUUAAAGGAAGACAAAAACAUUAAUACAAUGUUCAUGCAGUUAUAAGUAUUCAUAACACAGGUUCAAAUUGAAGUGAACCAAUUCAUUUAAAUAAUGUGAUUUGCAUUUAGUUGCAAUAUGUGGUGCAGUCUCCUCAAUGAAUUUAACCAUCGUCAUUGUAA